ACUGAAACACCGGUAGAUAGAGAGUGAAAAGAAUUUUCAAAUCACACAACAAACGUAGAGCUCAAGUUAAACGGUUGUUAAAUGUAUUUUUUAAUUUAGUUCUUUUAAGAAAAAAACAUUAUUUUUGUGAAUAAAAUAAAAAAGCAAUUUAAAUUGCAAAGAAAGUGUAAGAAAACUUCAACAAGUGUUUAAACGUUAUAAACUAAUUAUUGAAAAUAAAGUGAAAUAUAAAUCAUUAGAAAUGAAUGGUAGUGGCAAUCAAAUUAACACCUCAAAGUGUGGCAACACUUUGGGUUCCUCGUACGUUACACCCAAAGAAAUUGAAGAAAUCCGUCUUAAUUUAGAUGAUGAUUGGAAAGUUUUACGUUCAAUUUAUGAUUUGUUAAUAGAUGAGAAAGCAUUUUGCUGCAAUAAUACUGAAUGGAAUGAGAAAAUUGUGCAGUUUGUCCAGCCUGCCGAUUUGAAGAAUCUAAUCGAUUUUAAAAUCGAAGAAAAUCAAACUAAAUCCAUUGAAGAUAUAAAAAAACUUUGUCGAGAAGUUAUUAAGUACUCGGUUAAAACCAGUCAUGGACGUUUUCAUAAUCAACUUUUUGGACAAAUGGAUCCUUAUGGUUUGGCGGGCAGUUGGAUUACCGAGGCCGUCAACACCAGUGCAUAUACUUUUGAAGUUGCACCGGUUUUUUCUUUAAUGGAAACUGAAAUUAUUCGUAAAGUUUGUGAAUUGUGUGGGUACGGUCAAGGUGAUGGCAUAUUCUCGCCAGGUGGUUCAAUAUCAAAUAUGUAUGCCAUAGUAUUAGCACGCUACAAACGUUUCCCGAAUAUUAAAUCAACCGGCAUGUUUGGUCUUCCACCUUUAGUGCUAUUCACAUCUGAAGAAUCACAUUAUAGUUUUAAAAAGGCUGCAAAUUGGUUGGGAUUCGGUGUUGAUAACUGUAUUGUUGUCAAAACUAAUGACAAAGGACAAAUGCUUGUCGAGGAUCUGGAAAAGCAAAUAUUGUUAGUCAAAUCACAGGGUAAAGUACCGUUGUUUGUUAAUGCCACUGCGGGUACAACUGUAUUGGGAGCAUUUGAUGAUUUCGAGAAAGUAGCAGAUGUGUGUGAGAAAUAUGAUCUGUGGAUGCAUAUAGAUGCCUGUUUAGGUGGUUCUAGUCUGUUGUCCUAUCAAUAUCGCUGCCUACUUAAGGGCAUAGAAAGAUCUAAUUCCUUCUCCUGGAAUCCUCAUAAAUCCCUGGGUGCUCCAUUACAAUGUGCUCUCUUUAUGACGCGUGAAACUGAACUAUUGCCACAAUGCAAUAGUUUGGCUGUACACUAUCUCUUCCAACAGGAUAAAUUCUAUGAUGUCUCCUAUGAUACGGGCAAUAAAAGUGUACAGUGUGGCCGUAAAAUUGAUGCCUUCAAAUUUUGGCUUAUGCUUAAAGCUCGUGGUUAUGGUGGUUUUGGACGUCUGCUCGAUCAUGCUUUAGAUAUGUCGAAAUUAUUUGCCAAAAAAUUGCAGCAAAGAGAAGGAUUCCGUUUAGUAUUAGAUGAAUAUCAAUAUACCAAUAUUUGCUUUUGGUAUAUUCCCAAAAAGAUGAGAAAUUGCAAAGAGACUGAAGAGUGGAAAUUAAAGUUAUAUGAGAUUGCUCCCAAAGUUAAGGAACAAAUGAUUUUACAGGGCACCCUGAUGGUGGGCUAUUCACCACUGCAGUAUCGUAAUAUUGGCAACUUUUUCCGCAUGGUUUUCACUUGUUUCCCUGUGAUGGAUGAAAAGGAGCUGGAUUUUAUUUUAAAUGAAAUUGAAAGAUUAGGUGAAGAGUGUGUAUUAUGAAAUAAAUAAAAAGUAGUUAGUUAAAA